CCGAGCGCACCGCGCCCUCCCGCUCGAACCUUCUCUCCACAUCACAGCAGCCAUGGGCGACAGCACCGGCGUGAGCGUCAACGGAGAGUACCCUCCGCUCCAGGAGCUGGCCAAGACGGCCCACGUCAAGAACUUCGAGCAGUACGAGGCCAUGUACAAGCGCUCGCUCGAGGACCCGGAGAACUUCUGGGGCGAGCUGGCCCGCGAGAACCUCGACUGGUUCCGCGACUUCGACCAGAGCGUCGUGGGCACCGUCAACAAGGGCGACGUGGCCUGGUUCCUGAACGGCCAGAUCAAUGUGAGCGUCAACUGCAUCGACCGCCACGUCAAGAAGCACGCCGACAAGGUGGCCAUCAUCUGGGAGGCCGAUGAGAUCGGCCAGGGCCGCGAGAUCACCUACACGGAGCUGUUGGAGGAGACGUGCCGCAUCGCUAACGCCAUGAAGCACGCCGGUGUCAAGAAGGGCGACACGGUGGCCAUCUACAUGCCCAUGAUCCCGGAGAUCGCCUUCGUGAUGCUGGCCUGUACGCGUAUUGGUGCCGUGCACAGCGUGGUGUUCGCGGGCUUCUCGGCCGACGCUCUUCGUGACCGUCUCAUUGACGCCAACACCCACUGGGUCUUCACUGCCGACGAGGGCAAGCGCGGCGGCCGCACGCUGCCGCUCAAGCAGAUCGUGGACGUCGCUGUGGACGGACUGGACUUCGUGCGCAACGUGUUUGUCUUCAAGCGCACGCGCAACCCGGAGGUCAAGAUGAACCCCAUGAUCGACAUUGACAUGGACGACGAGAUGAAGCGCCACCGCCCGUACUGCGCCGCCGAGUUCAUGAACGCAGAAGAUCUCAUGUUCAUCCUGUACACGUCAGGAUCCACGGGUGCCCCCAAGGGCAUUGCCCACACGACGGCCGGCUACCUGCUCUACGCUAUGAUCACGUGCAAGUACACGUUCGACUUGCAGCACGACGAUGUGUACGCCUGCGUCGCGGAUGCCGGUUGGAUCACGGGUCACAGCUACAUCAUCUACGGGCCGCUUGCCAAUGGUGUAACCACGCUCAUGUUCGAGAGUACGCCGAUGUACCCGGACCACGGCCGCUACUGGGACCUGAUCCAGCGCCACAAGGUGACCAAGUUCUACACGGCCCCAACUGCUAUUCGCGCGUUGAUGGCCCGCGGCAACGACAAGAUCAAGGACUACGACUUGUCAAGCCUGAAGAUCCUUGGUAGCGUGGGCGAGCCGAUAAACCCGGAGGCAUGGAAAUGGUACUACGAAGUUGUCGGCAACCGUCAGUGCUACAUCGCAGACACGUACUGGCAGACUGAAACGGGUGGACACAUUGGUGUUGGCCUGCCCGGCGCGACGCCCAUGAAGCCUGGUUCGUGCACGAAGCCGUUCUUCGGUAUCGACUUCGUCGUCACUGAUGAGAACGGUAACGAGAUCAAGGGCAACGAUAUUGAGGGUCAGCUAUGCAUCCGCUCGCCGUGGCCCGGCAUGGCCCGCACUGUGUACGGCAAUCACAACCGUUACCUGCUCACCUACAUGGCGACGCACAAGGGUCUGUACUUCACGGGCGAUGGCUGUCGCCGUGACAAGGAUGGUUACUACUUCAUCACGGGCCGUAUCGACGAUGUUCUUUGCACGUCUGGCCACCGUAUCGGCACGGCUGAAGUGGAGAACACGCUGGUCGCGCACAGUGUCGUUGCUGAGGCCGCUGUGAUCGGCAUCCCGCACCGCAUCAAGGGCGAGGGUAUCUGCUGCUUCGUGACGCUCGUCCAAGGCGUGAAGUCCUCGAAGGAGGUCGAGAAGGAGCUGGUGCAGCAAGUGCGCGCACACAUCGGCGCGUUCGCGUCUCCGGAUUUGAUCGUGCUGGUGCCUGGCCUGCCGAAGACCCGCAGCGGCAAGAUCAUGCGCCGCGUGCUGCGCAAGAUCUCGCACGGCGAGGAGGACUCGCUGGGCGACGUGUCGACCCUGGCGGACCCGUCGGUGGUGCCGAUCCUGAUCACCAACACCAAGGCGGCACUCGUCGGCAAGUCGUUCUAAGUCGUCCGCGUACGCCGCGCACCCCACCUCAAUUUUUAAUCCCCGCUCGUCUGUGUAUUGGUAGUCGUCGCAAUCGCCCCGCUCCUUGCUGAGUCGGCGCACGUACUUUUCGAUAAUGAAUUGAUCGUUUCUCCAUUU